CCUACUUUUUUCACUCUCCAGUCAUGGACGCCAGAACCUGGCCCAGCGUCGAGGAUGAUGUCGCGACAAGAGCAACAGUGGCUGCGUGCAGCAUGCCUGAUGUUUCUUGUGAAGCCUGUCGAAGGCGCAAAGCAAAGUGCGAUCGGAAAGUGCCAUCAUGUAGCCUCUGUCUCAAAAGUUCGCAGGAGUGUAGUUACCCAUCAAAACGACUGCGACCUGGGCCCAAGACAGGUUCGAUCCAGAAGAAGCCACGAGUGUCCAAAAACAGAAAACCUCAGACGCGGGGACAAGAGGACUCAGCACGCCGCAGUAACUCUGGUUCAAAUCAGGACGAGUUCUCAAUGAUCUCGGACAGUCAGGUCUCAGAAGAACUGAAUCAUGUGCAACCUCAGGCACCGGCCAAUUUACCGCUAUCCCCGGAGACUACAACAGCAGCGACAACCGUCGCCAAUAGGGCCGAUAUUGCCACGAAAGCGUCUUGCUUCGACGUGAAUUUCCAUGUGGCCGCUGAUAACUUCGUGAGCAAUGUAACACAUUGGUCUCAUCCUGUCAGCCAGGCACCAGCCCGAGAAGAUCUCAUCAAUUUGUCCAUGGGCAACUCUGACGCCAUUCUGCAUACCUCUCACGCCCUGAAUAUAUCUCCAGCCGUGCUCGAAGAGCUGAUUGAUUCAUACUUUUCAAACAUGACGAGCUUCUCUCUGUUUCACAGGCCCACAUUUGCAGAGAAGCUCAAGCUCAUGGGCCCAUCACUCUACUUGCACGCUUUGCUUGCCUCAAUGUGCUCUGUUUCUGCACGCUUCACGACAGACUCUGAAGAGCAAGCUCCGAGCGACCCCUUCAACGCGGAGCCAAGCAGCAUCCCCUGCGCUGACCACUUUCAUCAGGUAGCCUUGCGCUUUGAAGAAGAAUCGUUGACCCAAUGUUCAGACGGCACUCCGCCAUUGGAGUUUCUGCAAGCGAUAAUCCUCACUACCUUUUUCCAAUUGACCAAAGGCGUGCAUGGUCGCGCCUGGAGGUGGCUUGGAACCUGCAUUCGUGUUGCAUAUGAGCUGAAUCUGCACUGUAUUGAUGCAUACAAGCAGGAGGACUAUGUCCCCUCCACUGCGGCCGAGACGUUGGCCUGGAGUCGAGACGAAGAGCGCAGACGCUGCUGGUGGGCUGUUUGGGAGAUGGACUGCUUUGCAAGCACACUCAGGCGAGUUCCGACUGGACUUAGCUGGUCACAAAACAAAACGUUUCUGCCUGUCGAAGAUCGAUUGUGGUAUCGGCAGAAUUUCCAUCCCAGCUGCAUCUUGGCAGCAAAGCCUGGGGAUCGAUGGCAGUUUCUUCAGCGAAGUGGCAACGAGAGCCCUGUGGCUUGGAACAUUGUCGUGAUUUCGCUCUCGCGAGAUGCCCAGACAAUCUCACACCUCGAAGGAGCUUUUAAUGGAUUCGAUGCCAAGGGUCAGACCACGAUGUCAACUUCAGACCCGACAUCCGAGGCAGACAGGGCGGCUCACAGUGCGGACGACGAGGUUGAAAUCAUAUCGCAUACCCUGCAGUGCACGCUCCUAGCGCUUCCUGACGCUUUGCAGUAUCACAACGAAUCACUUAGGUUUACCUCAGUGGACUGCAAUCAGACGCCGGUCAGCAGCAUGUUGCAUUCCGCCAAAUACAGCAUCUAUGUAAUGACAGAACUCACGAAAUUCAUGAUCGCCCACUACUACACUUUCUCCAAGGGCAACAACCUUAGUGGGCGGCUACAAAGCAAUGCAGAUAUUGACAGGAUAGAAGCGAACCCUCUCCCUGGAACUCUUCUGAUGUGCACAACACGCAAGCCAAACAUGGAGGGCCUGAAGCAGUAUAUUGAAGCCUCGAACAACAUUGUGAUGCUUUUGAAUCGCUGUACCAGCACACAUGUUCGUUACGUCAAUCCAUUCCUGGCUACAACAAUCUGGCUAGCUGCGACAGUCCAGCUUCUCAAUAAGAAAUUCGGGCCGUCUGGCGGCAAUCGAGAUCUUGCAGAGGCCAAGUUCAACACCUUGAGACUGACGUAUAAGCAAUUUGUCAGGUUUUGGAAUACACCUGCUGGGCUUUUGCACAGUCUAGACUCUCUAGAAGAGAAGUUUGAUCGCUUGCUUGGUGGACAGCCAACCUCCACAGCUAAGCCUACAAACGUUGGACAGCCAACCUCCACAGCUAAGCCUACAAACGCGGCCUCAAUUCCCGAAGAACACCGCCGUGAGCAGCUUUUCAGGAUGCCAGACAUGCCUACAUGUUUUUCUGGUUCAUCAGCAUCUCAAAAGCAGCCGUCUGCUUCAUAUACAAGUGCUUUGACCGAGCCCAACCUGACCGGAUCAGGUGUAAACCCAAUGAUGAGUUCUUUGGUGCACGCCUCCCAUGCAAUCGAGGAACAGCGCCAGCAUAAUGUACAAGAUUUCGGUCCCUCUACCACACAACUCCGACAACCUGGCAUAUCAAAUAGGGAUCCUGACGAGUCUCAAGGGGAGGAAAUAGAUACAGGUAUUCGAUUUGACGAGAGGCUUCCGGCUGAUCCAAUGUUGGAGUCGAUGGAAUUUCCUUUGAAUUUUGACUAUGACCCCGAUACGGAUGUGACGGUCUACCUGAACAGUCUACUGUCCGGAUCAUAUAGUGGCAACUUGGGGCCCUCGUGAACCUGAUGAUUACGAUCAGCCGAGAACCUUAAGAGCAUUCUAUAGUACUCUCAAAGUAGCGUGAUUCACG